UUAUAAUUAUUAUAAUUAUAUAUAAAAAUAUACUUUUUAAAAAUAUGUUUCCUUAAGAUUAACUAAAGAUUGACACAAGAAAAUUCUAUAAUUCUUAAAUACAAUAGAAAAAUUUAGGAUAAUUAUACGGUAAGAUUUUUAGUAAAAUCUUACCCAUAGAUUAUUAAGAGCGAUAUAUUUACCGGCGAGCGGUUAUUGUAGCGAAUCACUAACUAAGUAUAUCCACAUUUCUUCUGAUGUAAAUAGCGUUCUCUAGUAAACGGGACCCAGUUUUCCCGGCCUAGUGGGGUACCUGAAGAACAAAAAAGGUAAAAUAUCUCUGCUGCGCUUCGUAGCACAGUAUGUAUUACCACGCAGUCUGCGUAGUAAGCGAAUACGAGAACAACGCGUUUUAUUGUGCGAAUUGGAGGAAAAAUUAUUAAAAUAUUCCGACAAUUGUAAAAAUCGUCAAGAAGUCGUUUGAUAUACUGCAUAUUAGCAAAAUGUCUGUUUAAUUAAUAUAAGCAAAUCGUAAAACGAUAAUAUCUCGUUUUGGUAAUGUUAUUAUAAAUUAAUAAUAGUAUAAUAUAGAUGUAUGUUAAUCGUGGAAGUGAUGUGAGUGAGAAUCGUGCAUCGUAUUUAAGAUUUACAAGAUAAUAUAUUUCAAUAUAAAAGUCAGCAUAAAUCCCUUCUGAAUUCGAUAACAUGGUUUGGACAAAAUUGUUCAUUUACAAUAUUAUUAUCUGGCUGGUAACAUCGUCAAAACUAUUAAUUCAGGCCGAAGAGAAGCUAAAUAAUACACAAAUGGGUUUUAAUGAAACACAAAGUUUAAAAAUUCUCCCGGGAAUCAAAUUCUGGUUGACGAAUAAUAAAAUCAUCGUUCACGUGAAAAUUCAAGACUUACUACCAGAAACGGAAGUGCAGAGUCGGAAAAAACAGGAAAAUCCUUUAGGGAAAAUCGGAUACAUGAUGAUGAUGGCGCCGUUUGUUAUGCAGAUACUUUCCUUACCAAGCACUAUAGCGUCUGUCAAAAUGUCACUUUUAAAGAGUAUCAUGGUGGCGCAAUUAGCAAUCGCAAUAAUGAUCUACAAUUUGAUCAAAAGCACGCAAAAUUCGGAGGUAGUUGUGGUCCAUCAGAAGCAUCAUUAUCAAGGACAUAAUUAUCACGGUCACAAUUAUCCCAAAGACGAUGAAGACGAAUGGUUCGGUAGAUGAAGUAUAUAAUUAAUGUGCAAUAAUAAGAACAGAGUGCAUAUUCUCAUAACGUAAGACUAACCAAUUAUGGCUUUCGCCUUUCCAAAGUGACACACUCAAACGUACGAAGGACAUCUGUG